UAUCAUGACAAACAGGAAGUGACCAGUAACUUCCUGGGAGCCAUGUGGCUCAUUUCAAUUACCUUCCUUUCUAUUGGCUAUGGGGAUAUGGUACCGCACACGUACUGUGGGAAAGGCGUGUGUCUGCUUACAGGGAUUAUGGGGGCUGGUUGCACUGCACUGGUCGUUGCAGUAGUUGCCAGGAAGUUGGAAUUGACCAAGGCUGAGAAACAUGUCCACAACUUCAUGAUGGACACACAGCUCUGCAAACGAGUAAAGAACACAGCUGCCAAUGUACUCAGGGAAACAUGGCUCAUUUAUAAACACACAAAGUUGGUCAAGAAGAUAGAUCAUGCCAAGGUGCGGAAACACCAACGCAAGUUUCUCCAAGCCAUCCACCAACUGCGCAGUGUAAAGAUGGAGCAGAGGAAACUCAAUGAUCAAGCUAACACUUUGGUGGACCUGGCAAAGACCCAGAAUGUGAUGUAUGACCUAGUGUCAGAGUUGCAGGAGCGCAGUGAGGAGUUGGACAAGCGCAUCGGAACACUUGAGGAUAAGCUGGACUCGGUGACGGGCAGCUUGCAGGCGCUGCCCUGCCUCAUCUCCCAAGCCAUAACCCAGCAGCAACAGGACUUCCUGGACGGCUUUGUUCACCGCUUUCGACCCGCUUCUCUAGCAUCAGAGCGUUCUGAACGCUCUGAACGAUCUUGGACUUCCACUACUCGUAGGCGACGUUCUCCCUCUACAGCACCACACACCUCUUCUGACAGUGGAUAA